ACUGUAAAAGUCACGAGCUGCCGCGCAGGAAUUGCUCGUGGAGGAUGUCAGCACCACUGGCGUCACGUGAAGCUCGUACCCGACCGGUCCAAAGUUGUCGCAAGGCAUUCCCUCGAGCUAUUCAUCAAGCCAUCAAGCCAGAUUCCAAAUCCACAUCAUAUCGCAGCAAUGUUUCGUUCUGACACAGAUCUACUAGAAUCGUUGACCGCUGAACUCUCUCAGCAGCUGAAGGAUUAUGAAGAUCAAGCCUUGCUCGAGAUGAUACGGCCAAACCUUGCGUCUCAGUUUGUGCAGCAUGCUCCCGAGUUGACCAAAUUCCAUGAGGCCAUCGUGCAGAACGAUUCGAUGGAUGAUAGGGAACUCCUACGCAUCUUUCGAGAAUUUAUUCCCACCACAAACUAUGAAGCUUACAAGCCAUUCAUAGCAAAGUUUUUUACGACCCCUUGCAAGGAGGCUGACGUCAAGAACAUGUUCGCCCCAGGACUUCCCUACUUCUUUGCUAUGUCCAGUAUGACAUCUGGCAAAUCAGUAAAGACAUUUCCAAGGUAUCGGCCUCCCCCGCACCUGUUGCAACACCCUCUUUACCUGGCGCUUCCCCCAUCAGAGGGAACUACCUUAUCACCAGCUUCCAUGAGAUAUUCGCAAAUCUUAACAAUAGAUUGCGAAGACGGUCAAUCCAAGCAGGUGACAGUCUGCUCGUUGAGCAUCGGUUUUUUGCGAAUGGCAAUGAACUGGGACGCCGAGCAAGACAACGAGAGGCUCGACUUAUGGCUAUCGGGACAAACAGAUCCAUACGCCAUUUCCUUGGUUAAGAGCUAUCGGGCAUUCUUCGUUUUGAAUGCUCUGUUUGCACUGGCAGACCGUCGGGUGACGACCAUCCGCUUCUUCUUCGCCAACGUAUUCGUCAUCUUUUUGCAGUAUAUAGAGGAUGAGUGGUCUCUACUCAUCGACUGCAUCGAGAAGGGCAUCAUCCCGGAUGUGGAAAACCUAGGCCAUCUGCGAGCACCUUUGGAGAAACUGUUUAAGCCAAAUCCUGAUCGUGCUGCCGAACUUCGGGAAAUCGGACCUCCUGGUAUCCAGGGUUGGGCAGUCCGCGUGUGGCCUCACUUGGAAAGGUUCCUCGGGAUUACUGGAGGUCCGGCUGCUACAGCCGUUUCCAAGCUUACUCACGUCCUCGGACCUUCCAUCCCCACGCAGGCUACUGGUUAUGGCAGCUCAGAGGGUAGCAUGGCCCUACCAUACCACAAAGGCAAUCCUAACACUGACUACAAGCUAAUGUUUGUGGAUGUGUUGACCGAGUUUCUGGACGUGCAUUCCAACGAACCUUCGGAGCGUGUACUGUCUAUUCAUGAACUCGUGACUGGAGGGCAUUACGAGCCCGUCUUGACGACUCGCAAUGGCUUGUGGAGAUAUCGCAUUGGCGAUGUCGUCACCGUUAAAGGCUUUGCUCCAGAUGACGGAUUGCCCGUUAUCAGUUACCUUCACAGGCGAGAAGGUGGAAUUGCGAUGGCAUUCGGAACAACGUGCACCGAGUCCCAAUUGACGACCGCGAUCGUCUCUGCCGCUAAUCGGUGGAUCGGCCAAAUCAUAGAUUUCACCAUUGUAGGCGACGACCGAGACACUCCUAUCACCUAUGGGUAUUUGGUAGAAAUUGGAGGGGAAAUAGGAAAGGACGCGAGAAUGGCGAUACAGCAAACUUUUGAAGACCUCAUGGCGGCAAACGACGAGUUUCGGACCGCUUUCUGGCAAGGCCGAGCAAGAAAGCCGACCAUUCGUCUCUUAGAAAAAGCCACCUUUGCAGAAUAUCGCCAACAGAAGUGUAACAAGACGAACGUCUCGAUAUCGCAGGUGAAGGUUCCUGUCGUCCUAUCCGACCCUACAUUUAGGGAAUGGCUCCUACAACAAGUUGUAAUUGAGCUAUAACAGAGUCUGGUCUAAAUUUGUCCGUUCCUCGCACACAUGAUUACGUUCGUGUAUUGAGCCCA